AACAAAAAAACAACAGCAAUGUGGUGGGCUGGGGGCGUGGCUCAGCAGUAGAGCACUUGCCUAGCAUGCGCAAGGCCUGGGGUUCAACACAAAAUCGCAACAAAACACUGCAGAAAGUACAAUGGUGUGACAUGAUUUGUAGUGCCUGGCUUAUGCCUCCUUCCCAAAGGCAGGCUGCAGAAACUCUGAUGUCCUUCCUUUCUGCCUUGGAGCUGGCCAUAAAUCAAUCCCGUGACCUACCUUGUCUGAUAGCAGAGUAUAAGACUACCUAUUUCAGCAGGGGUCCUGCUCUGCAGCUGGGAGAAAGGAAUGCUGUACAGAGAGCAGCACAAGAAGAAUCUGAACAGACGGGCCUUGCUGGGUUUCCUCACCCUAUUAACAAGUUUAGGGCCACCAGCAGUGCAAAGCUACACCUGGACACCAGGAACAGCCCAAAAGGGAGCCCGCAAGACAGAGGCGGCAGGGGACUGGCAAACUCCUCGGACGGAACCGCAUCGCCUGCAAGCACGCUGGGGACGAGGCUGCUGCACUGCUCUGGCGGAAAUGCUGGGCCUGGUACCGCAGGGCAGCAGGAAACCUCUGCUGUCUCUGGCCGAAGCACGGGUUCCGGGUGUCGCCAUGCAGCUGGGUGGUGCCGGGGAGCACUGCCUGGAGGCUCUGCAGGCCGCAAGGACCCUGGGGAGCUGAGGCCGCGGCUUUCAGCCUGGGAGGAACCUCGGAGCCCACUUAGCGCAACCUCUUCCCCGGCGAGGGAGCAGCGGGGCUGGGUCCAUCACACAGCACUGGCUGCCGCGCCUCUUCAUCCCAGCUUCGCCCCACCAGAUGGGUCCUCCUGUCCCCACCGCCCGGCGACACCCUAGCCAGCCCCCGAAUCCCCAAAUCCAAAUGCCUCAACUGCCUCUGAU